AUGGCUGAAGGUAUGGCACAAGUUUAUCUUAGAAGUGCGAUAGAUCCACCGUGUCCAAGACAUCCAGACACAGAAGCUAUGUUUGUCUGCUGUAAGGACGGAUGUAAUGCAGCCUUAGUAUGCCCGCAGUGCAUUGUUGAGGAAGGAACUCACGCUAAACAUAAACUUACAAUGCUACAGGAGCACCUAAAGGUCUGUAAAGAGAAAGUUCUGGAAUGGAACAAAAACACUGAAGAAAACAUCCUUGGUCCUCUGAAAAAAUUGGCAAAACAAAAAGAAGCAGAAUUAUUAGCCUACAACGGAGAACCUUCAGAUCUUCUGGACGAAAUUGAGAAAAGAGGAGACCAACUUCAUUCCGAGGUAGACAAGUUGGUAAAGGAGCUCAAGACUAAAUGUAGACAAAUCAAGGCAUCGAAUCGCCAGAGACUUGAGCAGAAACAGCGUGACAUCCAGACAAAAAUCGCAGAAGUUACGGAAGAUUUAGCCUCCCUUGAUGCCUGUAUCAAGGCCACAUGUAAAGCUGACAUCGUCCAAGCCGCAAAAACAGGGAUAUCAAAGACGUACUCCAGUAUCGAGCCGAUGGUUAUUGAGGAUGUUUCUUUUCAACAAAGUGAGACGCCGUUGAAAGACAUGAAACGGUUUCUGGGACGAGUAUGUAUUGGAGAUGAACGAUCAACAAGGGAGGAGUCGGAUGAAGAAAAGGUCAAACGCCUAGAAAAUGAAAUUCAGAAUUUUACACAGAGGGAGAAAGCUGACCAAGAUCUCUUGCAGACAUUGCAAACGAAAAUUGAUGAGUUGACAAAACAGACUAUGCAAGAUCAGACCAACAUUCAGGCAUUGCAGUCAAAAAAUGAUGAGCUGAUGAAGAAAGUGCAAGAACAGAUCAAAUCAAUGGCUGAAUUACGAGCACAAUCUGAGCAGCAGGAAAUUAUGGAAUUGAAAAAACGCCAGCAAUGUGAGGGAUGCCGUAAUCCUGUGGAGACAUGCAGAUGU